CUGCAUUACAGACACAGACCUGCAAACAGCUAUGGUUGUGACUGAGUUUCCUCCUGACAUCUGAGCCUUUUUCAUGCUUCAAGGAAAGCUUGCUUGGAGGAGCAUGGAAUCUGGAAUGAAGCCAGAGGGCAGGGCUGAAAGGGAACAUUUAAAUGCUGCAACUCAGAGAUUCACACAGAAGACCAGACACAAUUUUGAAGAGUCGCCCAGAAGAAGACAACAAUGUCAUCACUACCUGUGCCAUACAAACUUCCUGUGUCCUUGUCUAUUGGUUCCUGCGUGAUAAUCACAGGGAGACCGAAACUCUCUUUUCUCAAUGAUCCACAGCUGCAGGUGAAUUUCUACACUGGGACAAAUGAGGACUCAGAUAUUGCCUUCCAAUUCCGAGUGAACUUUGGCAAUUGUGUGGUCAUGAACACUCGUGAGAUUGGGAUGUGGAGGUGCGAGGAGAAAUGCUACAAUGUGCCCUUUGAGGAUGGCAAAUCAUUUGAGCUGCGCGUCUAUGUGCAUUACGAUGAAUACAAGGUAAUGGUAAAUGGCCAACGCAUUUACAACUUUCUUCAUCGAAUCCCGCCACUAUUUGUGAAUAUGGUGGAAGUGUGGGGAGAUGUCUCCCUGACCAGAGUGCUUGUCUGCAAUUGAGGAAGAUAAUCACACUCCUCAUUGUUAAGAAAUCCCUCUUUCUACAUGACCAUGGAAUUCCCGGAGCCUGCUAACAAAAUAAUCCCUCCUCACCUCUUGCCCCUACACUUGGUCAUUAAAACAGCACCAAACC